UUAAUAAAAUACAGGAAUCUGCAAACUGUGAGUUAUUACUAGUAUUUAAAAUUGACUGGGUUAAUUGGGUGAUGAUUUUGCCUUUUCCUCACAUAAAUAUUAAAUCAACACUUUUAGAAGUUGGAUUUAUUGUACCAGUGGGAGCUUUAAAUGCUUCAAAAGUUGCAAAUACAAUAUUAGUGCCGGGUCAAUUUAUAGAUCCAAAGGAAUUUGAUCCCGCAACAUUAGCUGAAAUAGCAUUUAGGAAUGUUGAUUUAACUAUGAAUUUUAUAGGUGCUUCAAUUUUCCAAACAACUCAUAAUAAUGCCUGUGAAAGUAAGUGA